AUAAAAUGGAGGAGACGUGGAGAAAGAGAAAGAAGCAGCGAAAAGAAGCAAACCUAACCAAACGGGCGGCAAAAGACGAGAGAUGGCUCACAGAAGGACCAAUGGAAGCAAACUCUUCAUGAUGGUGUUGUACAUGGUGGCGGCGUGCAGUGCAGUCCCCAUCAAUGAGCUGCUGGACCGAGCCUCUCAGCGCUCCGACGCACUGCACUCCCUCAGCACAACCCUCACCCAAGACCUGGACUCUCAGGUCCUUCCUUUAGGUCGGAUGAUCAUACCCCGCCCCUCAGUGUGCCACACCUCCUCUCUACAGACUCCUAACGACAAGGAACAGGCUCUUCAAGUAUCAGAGUCAGACCUGUUGUCCCUGGCUCGCUCCCUACUCCUUGCCUGGCAAGACCCCCUGGUAAUCCUGUCCACCUCUGCUAAGACCCUGCCUCACCCAGCCCAAUCCAGCAUAUCCAGCAAGCUCAGGGAGCUGCAGGAACAUUCCAAGAGCCUGGGUGACGGCCUGAAUGUCCUAUCUGACAAGAUGGGUCCAGAGGCUCAGAUCAUCUCUCUUCUGCCCUACAGAGGAGGCAGUGACAUGGGCCAGGACAAGAUUUCCAAAUUGACUAACUUCCAUUUCCUGUUGUCCUGCUUCCGCCGGGACUCCCACAAAAUUGACAGCUUCCUCAAAGUCCUACGCUGCCGGGCAGCCAAAAUGCAGCCUGAGAUGUGCUAAACAGUGAGGCAGCCAGCUUGACUCUGGGGGGGAAGAAGCUUGUAUUGUUUAAGAAACUAUAGAUCAACACGUGGUAGACGUCUGCUUUCUGAGAUAAUAUUCUAAUCUCAAAAUAGUUGCCAUUAUGAAUUAUCAGUAUUUGAAGCU